GUUAUUUCUCACGGAGUCCGCCUCUUGAAGGAACAUGCUGUAGCGUCUCUCACUCGAAACUGUCAUUUCGUUAUUGCCGAGAGAAACGUUACUCCGCAUUACUCUCACGUGUUCGCGGUCGGCACGGUUGAUUUUCUAACCUCACACGUUACCUUUUUCAUUAGUUGUAAAAUAUUGGAAAGCCCUUGAUAAUCAGUUAUAGAAUAUUGGAAGCACCCAAGAUCAAAAAUUUAACAAACUACUUUCGCAGUAUCGUAGUGACAAUUUUAAUUAUCCCUUUGACGCUUACUAAAACGAAGACACGCCGCAGCAAAGGAAAUAUUAAAGCGCCAUGUGUUCUCACGAGAGCGUCACGUGGGAGAAGACGGACAAUUCUGUUGCGGACAGAAUGACGGAGAAGUCCCUGAUACACAGAUUCAGACCGUCGCGAGUGUUGCGACGAAGGACGAAGGUGCUCAACGCCGAGAUGAAGAAGCGUCGCGGCAUGAAGGAUUACAGGCACUACGUCGAACUGAAGACCAAUGUUCUGCGAAGUUUACCGGACGACGCCGACACCGAGGACAGUAGUGGUCUCACCGAUGGCGACUACGAUAUCAUAUACAGCUCCCCGUCGAAACAGACCAGAUAUACGACUAGAAAUUCCGAGAAGUACUGCGCCGUUUUUACCAGCGAAGAUGACUGCAAAAGUUGUAAGAGCCAGCAGAAGAAGAAAAGCCGAGGCAAGUCGAGUACAGGGAGAAGAGUAGAGAGGACAAAGAGAUCACUGCGAUCGAAUGCCGCAGUGUCCGAGACAGGGAGAAGAGUAGAGAGGACAAAGAGAUCACUGCGAUCGAAUGCCGCAGUGUCCGAGACAUGUAUUGAUACAGGUUGGCAAGAAGUUAGAAAGAGAACCAGCGGUGCAUCACGUUCGUGUAAACGACUGUAUACAAGAAUCGCGGAUAACGAAGGAGAUUUGCAGGAUAAUGAUCUCAAGGCUCGAUCUAGUAAGCAAUCUCAUUCUCCACGAUUCGAUUCUCAAAACAGUACGGCGUCUAGUAUAGCUACAGCUGGAAAUGAAUACGUGAGACAGGAUCGCAGAGAUUCCGUUGCAAUGAAUGAAUUAAGUUCCAAAGAUAAUACGAGAUUCAAGAAAACAAAACGUGUAAGUUUUUCAGAUAUAAGCGAUGAAAGAAAGAAUCGAAAGAAUCAAAGUCCAACAAGUAAUGAAUCGAAUACUAAAUUUGAUUCACCAGGCUCACAUUAUCAGUCGUCUCUGUCUCAAUCGAAAUGUUUAGAAAACAAUAUUGAUUCUAACAAUGAGCUCAAUUCCCUCGUUGAAUCGAAAACUAACAACAGUAACAGUAAAUUAACAACAAUAAUUGACGAAAGUUUGAUAAACGCGAAGAAUUAUGAUAAGACGUGUGUUAGUCGCAAACCAGAAUUGUUAAAAAAUGUUAGAAGAAACUUGGCAUCCGCGCUAGAAGAGGCCGACUCUAUGAAUAAUGAUAAGGAUGUUAAAACAGAUAAAUAUGUAGAAAAUGAAUUGAACUGUGAUCAGUUGCUUCCAGAUAUCACAGAUUUUCGACAUAGUACACCGUUACCAGUAACGAAAACACGAAUUGAUAUACGUGAGAUGAAGGAUUCGUCACCAGAUCAGCAAAAAGACUCGGGAAUUGAUGAAGAUUCGCAAGACAGAUUUGUCAAGAACAAAAAAUCUAAUAAGGUUUCAAUGAAUCAGAAUACGGAAGAAAAUGCCGCGGAGAGAAUGCCCAUUUCUUCUCCGCAACCGAAGAAGACUGACGAAUUGGUCGAAACAACGGAAGAUUGUAAAGAGAUUGCAAAGGACACACAUUUGAGAUUUAAUAAUGAUAUCUCAGGAGAACAAGUUGUCGAAGAAGAAAAGAAACAUUCUGAAGAAGAACAAAUGAAAAAUUCCUCCCAAUUAAAUCCAACUGAUACGAACACAAUUGAGGAAAAUGAGAAAGAUGAACAAUUUGUAACAGCAGAACAUUCAAAUGACAUUCAAAAACAGCAAUUGUUAUCUCCUAAGCAAGAUUGUGUGGAAAAAGCUCAUUCGGAACAUUGCAAUCUUAUUCAAGAGAAGGAAGAUAAUGGAAAAAUAAAGAAGCCUGCUGAGAAGGAAGAAUUAUCUUCUCAAUUAAAUAAGAUGGAUAAUACAGAGGUCGAUGUGGUUUCUUCAAUUAAUGACGAAGGGAAACAAGAUAGCGAGGAAGAAGAGUCUGAAAAAGAAAUAAAGAAUUUCCGUCAAUUAAGUUCGAGUGGCAAUAUCACAGAGAUUUAUUCGACAAACGAAGAUCAAACGGAUUUUGUGAAAUCAAAAAACUCGUGCGAUAUUCAAAAUCAGCAAGUGCUAUCGCCUAAGGAAAAUCACAUAGAAGAUGUACAUAAUAUUUUAGAAGAUAAUGGACAAGCAAAUGAAAAGAAAGAAGAAAAGAAUUUUCCCCAAUUAAAUGAUAUUGAUAAGGACGUAAAAAAGCAGCAAUUACCUAAAGUUACAUGUACUGAAGUUUUCAAUAAAAAAUAUAAGAUAAUAGACAAGAAGGAUAAUGAUAUCGAGAGUAAUAAUGAAAAAAUUAAUAAUAUUAAUGAUAAUACAGACAUCAGCAAUAAAGACACUCCUGUAAAAAAGAAUACAUUAAUACAUUGCCCAGAUGCCAUCGAUCACAGUACCGAUAAUUGGCAAGAAGCGACAAUAAGUGAAGAGAUUGACACACCAACGGCAUUAGAAACUGAUAAUGAAGAGGAUAAUGUGAAUUAUAUGUCGCCUCAAACUAAAAAGCGGCUUGAGCAGCAAGCGAGAUUGAAUUUAGUUGUGAGCGAUUCCAGUGAAAGCGACGACGAAUAUGUUACCACCAAAACUUCGCGAAUACGCUUUGACAAUUCAGGUAUGAGCCAUUGUAGUGAUAAUGAUGAUGUCGGAAGCCAGGAAAGCUUAACCGAAAGCCUUCUGCUAAGAGUUUCCGAAAGUAACAUUUCGUGUAAUACUGAGGAAUCUGUUAAUCAAUUUCGAAGAGACAGACCAGCUUCUUUGUUAGAUAAAGAGAAUAUGUGUAUUAAUCAGAAAAAAGAAACAAAUGUUGAAUCUGAGACAAGACGUGAAUCUGUACAUGAACAAAGGACACAAUCAUCAACCGAAUGUUCGAACGCACAUCUUAAUAUAUCUUGCCAGUAUAGACCUCGCAAUAUACAACAAUUAGUCGAAGAUCAAGAGUUAGUUAUAGAAACGAUGCCAACAAGUUUCACAUUAGCCGAUCUUUCUGACAAUGAAGAAGCUUUCAUCAUGAACGUUCCAAGCAAGGUAGUACAAAGUAAUUUACAAGGCCAACCGUUGACAUUAAAAGAGAAAUCGAUAAAAUUCAAUAAAAGUAAAUACAGAAUCGUGUGCAAAGAAGUGGGUACAACUUCUUGCAUUUUUGCUACUGGCAAAAAACGAAAGCCUUACAAGCUAAUAAAUAUUAAAGAAAUCAGUACUAUAACCGUACGAGAAAAAUUGCCACAAGAUUCGAGAAAGUCAAAUGUAUCAAAUACUUACGAUACUGUUUCUUCUGUGCCAAAAUCUAUAAAAAACUACCGACAAAAAAUUCAAGACAAAAGAAAUUCAAAAAUGUUGAAAGUCUCAAAUUAUAGACAGAAGCGCAAACGAAGAGAAAGUUCAGAUUCUGAAACUGGAUGUCAACGGUGAGGAAACGAUUAAAAGUUAUAAGUAUUUUUAUAAAUUACAAAUAUCAAA